GACCACGGCGCUGUAAUGGCGAGCAUGCUGAUUUUGUAGAGACAGACAGGGUUCAGGCAUGCGUCGUAAGAAGGCCAGCAAUUGGAAGCCACAGCUCGACCGAGAUGGGCGCGACUGUGGACUUGCGACCGCCGUCCAGCAGCAUCUGGACACCUGCCCCGCCAUGUGCCUCCCAAAAGUGGAGGCCGCGCUGUCCAAGGCGAUUUGCGAUAGGGCUGAUUGUGCAGAGGUUCCAACCCAUCCUUGUAAAGACCUAGGACUGCGAGCUUUGCGGCUCAGACGCUGCGAUACCGCCGGAAAAAAUAACAUGCUGGUUUGUCAAAAACGAUCAGCAGGCUGCACAGGAAGGGCUUGCGCCCUGUCUGCAACAAGAAGAUGUCUGACCAUCUGGAUUGAUUUGCUGGCAUGACACACAUACCUGGCAAUUCACAUGCAGAACUCCCGGAGAUGUCCUAUCGCUGCAAAUGAAUGUCGGGAAUAUUUGGAACACGUUUUCUUAACAGUUCACGGGCUGCACGUGCGCACUGGCUCCACACGCAUAGCAACAAAGGUUGUUACAGCAUCGAACCAUUCACAAUGAUCGAGCUGCAAUCUGCACUACGGAUAACGAAGAAGGGCAAAUGCGCAGACAAGGAUGACAUCACCCUCGAGAUGCUUUUACAUGGUGGCGACAGGCUAUUGGGAUGUCUUUUGCUUGGUUUCAACAACAUUCUCCAAACGGGGUCCUCGAACCCUGCUGGCACGAGACCUUGUUCACGAUGCUUCAUAAGAGCGGCCCGCGGAAGGACUUCAAGAAUGGGAGGCCGAUCGCUUUGCUGAAAAUGACGUACAACAUUUUCUCCAGGCUCAUCAUUGGACGCAUUCAACCAACGCUCGAUUCUAAGCAGGCCGCUGAUCAGGCCGGCUUUCGGCCAAUUAGGUCGGUCGACGAUGCUUCCGUGGCCCUUGAAGAAGUCUGCGGCAAAUCCUGGAAGUGGGGCCGAAGCAUUUGGAUGGUCAGCGUGGACCUUACCAAGGCGUUCGAUAGAAUCGAACACCCGGCACUGUUCGAGGCCCUACUGUCUCAAGGCGCUCAUUCUGCGUGUCUUGGUCUGUUCUCCGAUGUUUGUUCUGGCCAGUAUGGGGCCGUCCACGGCAAUAAGCACUUCGGCAUCAGCCCGUGGGUCAAGCAGAGGGACGUUUUCAACUCGCUCCAUUUCAACGCAGGUCUUGAACAAGCCCUGCGUCGACUCAAAGACCGCGUCAAAGGCAUGGGGCUCGACCUCAGGGCGGUUGAGCUGCUGACCAACGUGUGCUAUGCUGAAAAACAUAUUUGUUUACAGCACUUCUCCGCAAUCUGUUUCGCGCAUGCGUGCCAGUCUCCGCCAAGAAUUGCUCCAGAACGGUCUAGAGCUGAAUGUGAGCAAGACCAAAACGGUUACAAAUGUCCCUGAUACUGCUGCACUCGAGGAACCAAUGCUACUCGGAGUGGGUUAUUGCAGUUUGCCGGUAAUGUUGAAAAACAGACCUGCACAAAAACAUGGGGAAGCGCUUCCACGGAGAUCUCCGAGAACGUGGCUCGCGCAAUCAAAAAUACCGGAUGCAGUGUGCACACGGUCCAAGUGGCAAUUGUUCAAGACAACGUUCAUCAACACACGCGUCUCGCUGAAGAUGCGCUUGAAAUAACUCGACGGCGUCGUCACGCCGACAGCCGUGCACAGUCUGGUCACAACACCGCUGACGAAACGACAGAGAGUAAGAGUAUCCAGUAUCAGGGCACACGUGUUACGACGUAUUGCAAGGCUGAUCACGAGUCUUGGGAGCAGGCUUGGCGUCAAUGUAAGCGCAUAGUAGAACGAGCAAAGACUAUUGACAGAGUCCCAGACUGGCUCGAGGUAGUGGACACUAAUCGUUGAAUACUCAUGUGUAAAAUCUGCGCCGAGAGGCACGGGUAGAGAUCUCUAGCUUUGCGCUGACGUUCAGAUGGUUCGAGUAGAAUCGGCCGUCCGAGAACGAAGUGGACCGAUUCAAUAGACCAUUUCUUCCGAGGUCGCUUCAAUACCAGCUUGGAGCGUGUUUCGCAC